UUAAAAGCAGUUGAUAGGAGGAGAGGACUUUGAAACAUCGAACAGAGAAGUUUUUAGAGGAUCUUGCUCCACUCUACGGGAAUAGGCCUAGUUGUUACAUGGUAGCUAUUUCUGUCUCCAACAUGGCUGUUCUUCAACAAGUAAAGGAUUUCCUAGACGUUCGCAUGGUUCUGUUAGGGUUGUUUUUCCUUCUGGUGUUGCGUUGGUUGAUCAGCCGGCCAAAGAACCUGCCUCCCGGCCCCUGGGGCUUCCCAGUCCUCGGUUCUAUCCCUGCCAUUGCCUGGGCGAUGUGUCGGGGCUUGGAGCCACACCAUCUUUUUGAGGAGUAUGCUGCCAAGUACGGGCCUGUGUUUUGUCUGAAUAUCUUCAACAAGAGAGUGGUGGUCCUGAAUGAAUACGCAUUGGUGAAGGAAGCAUUCCAACAUCCACAGCUCAGUGACAGACCAAAAAAUGUCAUCACUGAGGUAACCAAGACAGAAGGGGUCGUCUUCUCCUCGGGCGAAGUUUGGAUGGAGCUGCGUCGAUUCUGCCUGACUGUACUCCGGAGCUUCGGGGUCGGAAAAACGAGCUUCGAGGAGCAGAUCGGUAUUGAGGCCGAGGAACUCAUGAAAGAAAUGGCCGCCUUCAAGGGCGAGCCCUUUAACCCCAAACCACUCCUUGGCAACGCGGUGGCUAACGUCAUCUGCUCCGUCAUCUUUGGUAAGCGCUAUGCAUACACUGACCGGGAGUUUGCCCAUCUUCUUGAUUUGCUUAGCCGUAACCUUAAGCUGGCCGGAGGUGGAGGCAUAACCCUUAUCUUUCCUAGUAUGCGUCAUCUUCCCUUUUUUCCUACUUCUGAGCUGUUUUUAAACUUGAAAGUCAGUCGGUCAUUUAUUAAGAAUAUCAUUGACUCCCAUCGCAAAACUUUCGAUGCCGAUAACCUGAAAGAUUUCACUGACGCAUUCCUGAUGGAGAUAAGACACAAUCAAGCAAGAAAUACAGGAAGAGGACACCCAGAAGAUGGAAAACCCAAAACUUCCAAAUACAGUCAUCUGAGCGAACGUAACAUAGUUGGAACAAUUUCCAAUCUCUUUGCGGCUGGCUCUGAGACUACGGCGACCACCCUUCAGUGGUGUAUUUUGUACAUGAUGUUGCACCCUGACGUCCAGACUCGGGUCCAGGCUGAGAUCGACGACGUAGUCGGUCGCUACAGGCUGCCCAGAAUGGCCGACGUUCCGGAGCUGAACUUCACCCGAGCGGUUAUCUGGGAGGUCCAGCGCCUGGCUAACAUCGUUCCCUUGGGUGUCCCGCACUGUGCUGCUUCAGAUAUCAUUUUGCGAGGUUUCUUAAUCCCAAAGGGUUCCGUCCUUAUGUCCAACUUUUGGAAGAUGUCUCGAGACCCUAAGGUUUGGCCUGAUCCUGAGCAGUUCAUACCCGAGCGAUUUCUGAACGUAAAAGGAGAAGCCACGAGGGCCGAAGAGUUAAUUCCGUUCAGCAUUGGCAGGCGUAGCUGCAUCGGCGAGCACCUGGCCAAGAUGGAGCUCUUUCUCUUCUUCAGCUUCUUCGUGCAUCAGUUCACCUUCAAGAAACCCGACGACUCUCCUCCGCUGUCGCUGUCCCUCAAGGGCAGGGGUGGCGUAACGCGGUCCCCGCUGCCGUUCGACACCUGCGCCGUCUUACGUGCCUGAUGUGUAUCUUCGACCUCAUCCCCAGAGGUUAUUUUGUUUCCAGCAUCUCUUCUAGAAGUAACCCUUAAUUAUUAAGCAUAUUCUCUUCCCACUGCAUGUUCAGAAACGAUACGCGAAGCAAGGGGUAGUGAGUAAUAAGUGAAUUUGGUAUAACCCUUUCGUGAUCAACUUUUUUCACGUUUCUCUCUAAAAUUCCCCCUUUUUCAUUUGAGUAUAUUAGUGAAACGUGUAUAGUGUAUAUUGGCUAAUUCGCUUUUUAUCAAACCGCAAAAUAUUGACUGAGGUCGUAAAGAGCCUUUCAGUAAAGACGACGUGCUAAAGUAAAGCCUAAGAUGUAAAUUAUUCGUCAUUUACAUACUUAUUUUUGCAUUAUGCUAAUGAUCCACGACAGUCCACGGUGAGAGAAUAACGAUAGCCAAGUUGCUUCUCUUUCCACUAAGGUAUUUGAUUGGGUCAUGUUCGUAUUUUGUUCUUUAUUUCGCCAACCGUUUGUCUGAUUCGAGGAAAUGACUGUCAUUUCAGUGUUCCAUCUUUCGACUUGUUCCUUUGGUAAAAUUAGCGGUUGCAGGAAACCGUUUUAAGCCGAACACCGUGUUGAGCUAUUAAUUAUCGUAUGUUUGUUAAACUUCUUUUACGAAGUUCUUAAAAAUAGCACAAAAGAUUAUUAAGUUUCAAGAAAAGCCGUCGAAAAACUUGGUUUAAAAAGUUGAAAGUUUAAUGUGUGCAGGGAAACGAGUGGAAAAAAGUUUACCAAGACGAAAUCCUUCGAAACUUAUGGAAUCCUACCCUGACACUGAUGUGGUUGGCAAUAGCCCACAUUUCCCUGAUCGUAUUUUCUGGGUGACUUUUCAAACAUACACGCAUAACCAGCUCAAAUAUACAAUUAUGCAAAUGUCAAUAUUUUGAACUAAAAUUCCAAUUCGUACUUCCUGGGGCUCGGAAUUUGGUGUGAGACCAGUGGCGCGGCUAUAAGGGGGGGGGAGGAGACAGGGAGAAUGGAAUGAACAGCCCCCCCCCCCAGCGGAGGCCCAUAUGUCCCUUAGCUGGCAACCCUCUCCCCUUUGAAAUCUUUGAAAUGUACACAGUCUACUGUAAAGGUCACAUGCCAUCGAAUUUCGCUGCCACCCAAAAAUGUGUAUGCACUAGACCUUUGUCCUCCCCGAAAUAUCUCUUUUUAUAGUUACGCCACCCGUGAUUCGGAGCCUACACGAUCUAACCCAACCCCCGAAGAAUACUUGCUCUGAACACCCCAGUUGCGCGGCACCACCAAAGUAUUGCGGCUUGAGCAUCAUGAUAAAUGUUGGGGGUAAAACCUACCCCGCCGACAAAUCCUAUAGUGCACCGCUGAUUACCGCAUGUACCAAUUUAGCAAUAUUUUCACACAAUCGUCGCCUGUGGAUUUAGUCGCGUGCAAAGUAGCCGAUAAGAGGCCCAUUGGAAGCACAGGUUCACGCCGACACCUUUGACACGCAGGGUCUGUUCGUUUCAAGAGGCUCCAGAUCGCGAUCGGCGAUGGAUGGCGCGAACCAGCUCUGGGGUCACUGAUCCCGAUUCAGAUGUGUAUGAAACAGGCCCGUUUGUUCCUGCUCCAUUCAAGAGUUAAAGGUGACAAGAGACAGAAUUCAAAAUUUUGCCAGUGUCGACAUACAUUGUGGCACUCUUUUUUAUUGAUAUAAUCCUUUUAAUAGUGUUCAGUUUCUGAAUACAAUGUGAGCUUUAUCCUAUUCAUGAUGAUUUCUAUACAGUAAUAUAUAAUUUCCAUGACCUUGGCUGUUUCCUUAAUAUCAAAAGAUUAUACAUUUCCAAGAAAAAUGGUCAUUUUGAAUGAUCA